AUGGAUUUAGGCAACGAAAGAAUGUUUAGAUAUGCUAGACCAGAACUGUACUCAGAAUCCGAAUCGUCGCAGGAGAAAAUGGUAGAAGGACUUGCCGAAUCUGAGAUGGAUAAUAAUCAGAUAGUGUUGUGGAGGGGAACUGAGGCUGAGGCUGAGGAGGAGGAGAAUCAGCCAUUGCCACCCGUGAGAAUGUUCUUCGAGCCCAGUCAGUAUCAUAAUGCAAUAAAGCUGGGAACAAGAUGUUAUAUCCACAAAGAUGUUGCUAAAUUGGAGUCCCUAGACCUUGAACCACAUGAGCUGUUAUGGUUUACAGAACACCCACAGUUCAAGCACUUUUGGCAUAUGCAUAGGGCCAUGCAUGAGGACACAACACACAAGAUGAUGGGAAUGUGGUUGCUUCUUCUUUGGACAGCAAACACAAAUAAGAAGAGGGAAGCUUGGUUUGUAGUGAAUGGCGUACCAAUUCGCUAUUCCCUUAGAGAGCAUGCCAUUUUGUGUGGAUUAAACUGUCUCCCGUACCUAGAGGACUAUGAGAGCAUAGGAAGUUCUUCGUUUAAGAAUAGAUAUUUCCAGGAAACCGUCCCCUCCCUUGCUGCUGUUGAGAAAAAGCUAGAGUCGAUGCGAGGACUAGUUAAUCCUGAUCGGUUGAAGAUGUGUGUCGUUUACUUCUUAUCCUCUAUAAUUAGUGGGAAAACGAAAACCGGUAAGGGAGCACCAUCUGUUGACCCCUUAUUCCUGAGGAUUGUGGAUGAUCUCGAGGCUUGUAAAAGGUUUCCUUGGGGUAGAUAUUCAUUCGAUGUAAAUAUGAAGGAGAUUGAGCACACAAUGAGGCAUUUCAAUGGGGUCGUCGGAACAGAUGCGUGGACAUUUCCAAGGUUUGUUACUCCCUUGGAGUUGCUAGCCUUUAAGGCCAUCCUAUGUCUGAAGAACAAAUACAGAGAAGAUGUUAGAGGAGCAGGGAGGGAUUGUCCCCGGAUGUGCAGGCAGAAGUUCCAACCAUUCACACUAAAAGGUUUCUCUUUGUCGGAACUCAAUGAAACACUGGGUAACACUAGGGUCAUCGGGAGUAUAUUGCAACCAUCCGAGGAUGAGGUAAUUAUGCUUGCUUGA